AUGAAUGGUUGUCUACUUGUUUUAGUAACUGUAGUUGCUGGAACAUCAGUAUCAGAAUACUACCUUGUAAGGGAGAAAUAUUGUACAUACCAGCUGAUCAAUGUUGUCCUCAUUGCUCUUCUGCUGAAAGAUCUUGUACUUAUGACAACAAAACAAUUCCAGAGGGAACAGGGUGGACAUCAGGGAAGUGUCAAAAGUGUGUCUGUUCAGGAGGAUGGAAGCCAGUGGAUUUCUGAUCCUUGCACUCAUUGUAGCUGCCAGGCUGGUGAGGUGGUAUGUGUAUCAGAAGAAUGUUUAUCAGAAACCUCAUGUGAACAGUAUACCCUAUUCAAGAGGCCAAAUGAAUGUUGUCCCUCAUGUGUUUCCUCAGAAAGCCCAUGCAUCCAUGGUAACAACACCUUCUACAGUGGAGACAUUUGGAACAUCAGUAGUUGUGAAUUUUGUGUAUGCUCGAAGGGAAAGAUUUCAUGUUCUACUGCAUUUUGUGAAACACCACAGUGUUCAUCAGAUGAAAAUUUGGCACAUGUCUCUGGAAAAUGCUGCCCAGAGUGUGUUCAGCAAUUUGAUUUGUGUUUUGUAGAAGACAGAAUCUAUAAACCAGGAGAGCAGUGGGUUGUAGACAAAUGUACUCUUGGAGCAUGUUACAAUGGACAGAUCAUACACUUUAAGCAUGAGUGCCCAUCAUGUCCUGUGGGUUCAGCUGCUGUGGAAGUGAAGGGUCAGUGCUGCCCCUUAUGCAAGCCAGUUAAAUGUUCUGGAGAGUGCAGUUCUUGUCUUGAAGAAGAUCCUAACUACUGUCUUGCUUGCAAAGAUCAAAGCAAACUAUUGGAGGAAGGAUACUGUGUGUUUGCAUGUUCUCAAGGUUAUUUCCAAGACUCUUUAGGAUAUUGUCAAUCAUGUCAUACCAGUUGUCACGAAUGUUUUGGCGAAGGAGAAGACCAGUGUUUAACCUGCCAGUCAGGACUGAUAUUCAAAGCCAGACACUGUGUAACUAGAGAAGAAUGUGGACCAUCCCAUACAAUUAGUAAUGGAGUUUGUAUUGCUUGCCAUUCAUCUUGCAAGAACUGUCGUGGACCUUCUGAAUAUGAUUGUCUCUCGUGUUUCCACAAUAGUUAUUUACUCAUGAAUGGACAGUGUGUUGAAAAAUGUAAUCAAGGAUUUUAUGUGGAAGGUGGACAUUGUCAAGCUUGUGAAAGUGACUGUGAAAGUUGCUACAAAGACAAACCUUAUUGCCGAUCUUGCAAAAAUGGCAAAUUUCUUCAAGAAGAACACUGUGUGGAUAUGUGCAGUCGUGGAAUGUAUUCUACUAAACAGGGGUACUGCAUUCCAUGUCACCCCUUGUGUGGAGAUUGUGCGGGUCCUUUUUCAACUAAUUGUACCAGCUGUUACUAUGGUAGAUUCCUCCGUGAACAAUCAUGUGUAGAGGAAUGUGGGCCAGGAUAUUACAAAGACACUGAUUCUAACACUUGUCAAGCUUGUCACCCAACUUGUCGGUACUGUGCUGGAGGCCGAGCUUUAGAUCAGUGCUUAUCAUGCAGCACUGGACAUCUGGUUACAUACCCUGGUGUUUCCUAUGGAUACUGUUUGGAUGACUGUCCUGACAAGUAUUUUCUGUCCUAUGAAGGAAAGUGUGAAUCAUGCCAUGAGAGCUGUCAAACUUGCCUUGGAUCAAACCUAGAUGAAUGCUCGACUUGCAAAUCUCCAAAAAUGCUAAAAAAUGGUCUGUGUGUAGAAGACUGUGGGACAGGUUUUUAUCAUGAUGCAGGCAUAUGUCGAGCAUGUCAUCCAAAUUGUGCCACUUGUUAUGGUUGGGGAGCAGAUGAAUGUACUAGUUGUCAUGGUGAUGUUAAAUCAGUGUAUGGAAGGUGUCAGAUAAGCUGUCUUGAUGGAACAUACUUGGACACUGAUGGGAUAUGUAAAGAUUGUCACCGUGACUGCAUUACAUGUGUUUUAAAACUUGGUGCAUCAUCUCCUGAAUGCAUAGCCUGUAAAGAUGAAGAAAAAUUUCCUCAGGGAGGAAGGUGUGUGUCAAAAUGUGACAAGAGUUUCUUUCUGAAUGAGCAUAUGCUUUGUGAAAAGUGUCAUCCUUCAUGUCUGACGUGUGACAUACGCGGAGUUGAUGGUUGUACCUCAUGUCCACCAUCAGCUGUGCUUUCUCAUAAUGGAAUAUGCUUGAACAGGUGCUUGGAAGGCUAUUAUGAUGUUGGAGGGACAUGUCAUGCCUGUGACUAUAACUGUCUAAGAUGCAGUAUAGAGGGUCGAUGUGAACAGUGUCGAGAUAAGCUGGUACUUCAGUUUGGAGAAUGUGUGGGAUCCUGUUAUGCUCAGUAUUAUAUUGAUCACAUUUCAGGAGAAUGUAGAGAGUGUUCCUGGAACUGUAACACUUGUAGUGGUCCUUUUCCAUAUGACUGUUUAUCAUGUAUGGGUGAGUUAUUGUUGCAGGAUGGUGAGUGUCGUAGUCACUGUAGUGAAGGCUACUAUCAAGAUGGCUACUUGUGUAAAGUGUGUUCCAGCGACUGCCUAACCUGUAGUGAUAGAACAUUAUGUACAUCUUGUCGUCCCCCUCUCCUGCUAUUGGAUUCUGAAUGUGUAGCUUCUUGUGGACCAGGAUAUUAUCCACAGUAUGGAAGUCAUACCUGCCGAGCAUGUUCGACUGGUUGUACUGACUGCCCUAAUCCCUUGUCUUGUGAUCAUUGUGCUGCUGGAUACUUUAUGCUAGAGAACAGCUGUGUGAAUGAAUGUGGUUCUGGUUAUUUUGAGGACCAUGUUAACCGAGUCUGUGAACGCAACCAAGUCGCACCUCAGCUGGUUCUGAAUGGUUCUCUGUUAGUGGACUUCCGAGCACCCACCCCUAUUGACACUUCUUUCAUCACUGCUAGUGACCCUGACACUCAUCAAAAAGAUUUAGCCUUUGUUGUUGUGACAACACCAAAUAAUGGUGACUUAUUACGGCAUACUGUAACUGAAAUGGAGCUGAUUAAUGUUGGAGAUGUUUUGCCAUUUGACGAGGUAGCUAGUGGGCUGAUCAAAUUUAGACACAAGCAGAAUGCUCCUUGGGCAGGCAAAUUUCAGCUGAAAGUAAGUGAUCGCCAACUAGACAGCUCAGUAAAUGUCAUUCCUGUACAAGUUGUGUCUCGUUACCCACCAGAAGUUAAUCAGUUGCGUCCUUUGCUGGUGGAACAUCAUGGCAAUGAAAGUGUUACUACAAACAUUUUGCAGGUUUCAGACCAAGAUAAUUUGGAAAACCUUGUUUUUUAUGUCCUGGAAGGUCCAAAGCAUGGAAAGUUAGUUGAUCUUCCAAAACUCUCUGAAGUGUUUUCAUUUUCUUGGUCUGCUCUGAAACGAGGAUCACUCCAUUAUAUUCACGAUGGCUCAAUGACUCAGUAUGACUUGAUGAUUCUUCAGAUUUCUGAUGGCUACAAUGUCAAAUUGUCAACUUUAAAUAUUCAAAUCUUACCAGCAGGAAAUAAAGGACCAGUUCUAGUGACUAAUGAGGCUGUUAAGGUAAAAAGAGGCAGUUCUGUACAGUUGACUUCUGCUAACCUUCAAACUACUGACCCUGAUACUGGUGAUGAAAAUAUACUAUUCACGGUGACUAAAGGGAAAAGUGUGAGAGAAGGUACUUUGGUUAGAAGGUCUCCAGAUACUCAAAACUUUAAUGACCAACAAGUAUAUAGUGAAGUAAAAGAUUUCACACAAAAAGAUAUCAAUGAUGGAGUGAUCUGGUACCAAAAUUCUGGAACAGAGGCUACAGUAGAUGGGUUUGAAUUUCAGGUUUCAGACGAUGCUCGCCCUCCAAACACCAUCUCAAAACAAAUUUUUCGUUUUGAUAUUAUAUCACCACCAGAUGAUAAGCAGAUUAAUUUGGGUAUUAUGGUGAUGGAACACCAUGCAAUGACAAUUUCAAGCUCACAGUUGUCAUUCAUUCCUAGAAAUUUUGAGCCUCAUGAUGUCGUCUAUCAUAUCACCAAACACUUAGCUCCUGGACAAGGAACACUUGAACAUAUAGAUUAUCUUGGUCAACCCAUUGGUCAGUUCACUCAGGGUGAUGUUGAUGAUAUGAAGAUUAUAUACCGACCUCCUGAAAGAGAUAUUGGUCCAAAGGAAGAGCUGUUUAGUUUUAAAUUUUUUGUAUCUGACAGAAGAGGAAAUAAGCUACUUCCUGAGCAAACCUUUGUAGUGAAGGUGAUUCCAAAAGAUAAAGAGCCUCCAAAAUUUGCAAGACAUAAGUUAGAGCUCAGAGUAAAUCUGGGAGCUUUUGUCUUAAUACCUCAGUCAGUUUUUUCUGUGAAGGAUCCAGACACAUCUCUGGAGAAAUUAGAAGUGUCUUUGUCUAAAGAGCCUGAGCAUGGAGUUUUUUUGAAACAUAUGGAUGGAAAGAAAGUUCCUGUUUUAGAAGGAGAACCAAUUCCAUAUAAAGAUACUGUAAAGAACCAAUUUUCUUAUGCCCAUGAUAACUCUCAGAAUUAUCAGGAUGAACUAAUAAUAUCUGUAUCUGAUGGCAAACAUUCUUCAAGCAUGACACUUGAUAUAACAAUCUUACCAGUUGAUACAGACAGCCCAGCAGUCUUGGAUUCAGCGUCUUUAACAUUAACUAUACCUGAAGGUCAAUCCAUUGUAUUGCAGAGAAGCCACCUAGCUUAUGAGGAUAGAGAUUCUCCUGAUAGCCAAAUUUCAUUUACCUUGACCACAACACCAAAACUUGGAAAGCUGGAGAAGCUGGAUCCAGAUGGUAAUUUUAUUACCCUCAAGGAGGGCUACAGUUUAACCCAGCAAGACAUUAAUGACUUUUCAGUGAGAUUUAUUGCUAAUCCAGAAAUUGGCAUGUCUCCUACUACUGAGUUGAUAUAUUUCAAUGUAACCGGUAUCAAAGGAAAUGUGAAACCAAACCAAGCACUUUCUAUAUCAGUAACGCCUGUAAAUAAUCAGGCACCCCAUGUAAUGGUUAAAGAAGAUAUUCAGGUGACUGAAGGUGGAUCAGUCUUCUUCACUCCUGAUUUGUUUUCAGUAUUAGAUCAUGACUCUCCUCUUGCCAACUUAACUGUUGUAAUUGAUGUAGAGCCAACCUUUGGAUAUAUAGAUAGUUCUAAGUCAAAUGAUCAUGGUUUGGAAAUGCAGGCAGCAGGCAUUCCUGUUUCAUCCUUUCCCAUGGAAGAUGUUAUGAAUAGGUACAUUCGUUACAACCAGAUUGAUCAUCGUAAUAAAGAACCAACAGAAGAUGCAUUUCUCUUUCAUGUCACUGAUGGCCUACUAGAAUCACCCAUUUCUCGUAUAAAUGUUUCUAUUCAACUGGAAAAUGAUGAACCUCCUGUGAUCUUUGUGGAACCUCUUCCCGUUGUUCGCAAGGGUUUUAUAGUUGUCCGCAAUUCUUCUUUAUAUGCUGGGGAUAUUGACACAUCUCCUGAAGACCUUUUAUUUACCUUAGUUAACCCACCUAAAUAUGGUACCUUACGCCUUCUUCAAACACCUAGUCAGCCUCCUCACAAGGGCUCAAUUCUCACACUGAAAGAUGCCUUUACUUAUGAGGAAGUCCUCGAAGAGUUGGUGAUGUACAUUCAUGAUGGGAAUAAGAAGACAAACAGGGACAAUUUCACUUUAACUUUGUCUGAUGGUCAGUUCUUAGACACAAAAACAUUAGAAAUUCUUGUCACAUCAGAUGAUACAGAAACACCUCGCAUGCUUGUCAAUCGUGGUAUGAAACUGCAAGCAGGCUCUACAGCAGUGAUUUCUCCACGUGAAUUGUUGGCUUCAGAUUUAGACUCAGAAGAUAAAAAUUUGCGUUAUACCUUAACCCAGGAUCCACCAACUGGCAAACUUAUUUUACGACAUAAAAACAACCAGAUUCCUUUGUCAUCAAGGGGACCAGUUGCUAGUUUUAAUCAACAGGAUAUAGAGUUAGGAAAUGUUCAUUAUGUUCAUAAAUAUGGAGAACCAACUGGUACUGUCCCAUUUCGUUUCCAAGUGUCUGACCCUAUUGGUAACUUGUUGAUGGAUCAGACCUUUGUGAUUAUGGUCAUAGAAGACAAAGUUCCACCCGUGGUCACCACGAACACUGGAAUUACUCUUCCAGAAGGAACAGCCAAACAGAUCACAACUAAUGAACUUGCAGCAAUUGAUUCUGAUAGUGAGCCAGCUCUCCUACACUAUGAUGUUAUAGUACCACCAACAGAAGGAGUUCUUGAAAUGCUUGGGCAGCCCAUGAUUUCUGUUACUAGCUUCUUGCAGGCAGAUCUGGCUUCUGGUAGACUGAUUUAUGUUCACAAUAUUGAUUCUGAGAAUGGCAUAGAUUCCUUCACAUUUACUGUGUCUGAUGGUGUAAACAAUGCAACACAUACAUUUCAUAUUACCAUCACCCCCAUUGAUGAUACUCUUCCUCUAGUGACAGCAAGUGGGCUGAGGGUUCAGGAAGGGGUUAGGAAACUCAUCACAGAGUUUGAACUGAAAGCUGCUGACUUAGAUUCAAAGGACACUGACAUCAUGUUCAGCAUUGUUAAACUUCCAAAACAUGGCACCAUAGAGUUGCAAGGCUUAGCAGGAAUAUAUAGUACCACCACAGCCUUCUCGAUGGAUGACAUCUAUGAAAAUCGUGUCAGCUACCAGCAUGAUGGUUCAAACAGUCUUAAAGAUGAAUUUUAUUUUACAGUGUCUGAUGGCACUAAUCCUCUUUAUACAAUUCAGAAGAAUGGUGAUAAGGUCACUACUGGAGACCCAUCAGUCUUCUCCAUUAAUGUAUUGCCAGUAGAUGAUGGAACUCCAAUAUUAACAGCUAACCUUGGGAUUCAGUACUUGGAAAUAUUUGAAGGAAAGCCUAUGAAUGCUAUUACCAAGAGAGAUCUACUAACUGAAGAUGCUGACACUAGACCAGAGGAUCUUUUGUACACAGUGACUCAAGCCCCUAUUCAUGGUCAUCUAGAGCUUGCCAGCAAUCCUGGAUCUCCAGUCUUAAUGUUCUCGCAAAAUGACAUCAACACUGGCAUGUUACGCUACAUUUUAACUGAUGCAAGUAAUGUAACAAGUGACAAAUUUGUUUUUAAUGUGGAAGAUGCUAAACCAAACAUCAUCAGUGAGAAUGUUUUCCAUGUACGUUGGGCAAGGAUUAGUUUUUCUAAACAGACCUAUAAUAUUAGUGAGAGCUCCAGAAUGGUACAACUAAAAGUGAAGAGAUCAGGAAAUCUGAAACAGUAUUCUAUUGUCCAAUGUGCUACUAGAGAUGGUACAGCAAACUUCAAUUCUAACCACCAUUCCAGUACUCAAGACUUUGUACCUUAUUCAGGACAGGUCCAGUUUGAGGAAUGGGAGGAUGAAAAGUUUUGUACUGUUUUCAUCAAUGAUGAUUCAGUGUAUGAAGGAGUAGAAGAUUUCACAGUGGAGUUAAGUAGUCCAUCAUAUGCAUUGUUGGGACAACCAACUGUGGCCAAAGUUUUCAUUGAUGACAUUGAAGAUGAACCAUUGAUCAGCUUUGAGGAACAAGUUUUUCACAUUAAUGAAACUGACAGCUACUUGUUUGCUCGUGUGAGACGAACUGGGGAUGUAAGCCAUGCUAUAUCAGCUAUUUGCUACACAAUCCCUCUGACAGCAGAUGGCAGCCAGGCUGAUCAACUGGACUCUGGGGCUGAUUUCAGGUCACGACCUAACAAUGAAGUGUCCAGGGUGGUAUUUCCCUCAGGAGUGACAAGAAGCUCUUGUGAUGUUAAGAUUAUUGAUGAUAGCCUCUUUGAGGAUAAAGAAGAGUUUGAAAUUGUUCUCACCAGUCCAUCAUCUAAGGCUCGAAUAGGGAAUAUAACAAAAGCUCUUGUUGUAAUAGAUGGGCCUAAUGAUGAAUCCUUAGUUUACCUGGCACAAAGUGUCUUUCUGUUUAAUGAAGAAGCAGGAGAGGUUGAAAUAGAAGUCAUUCGUGAAGGUCCAGAUCUGUCCCAACCAACAAUAGUUUGGUGUGGAACUCUCCCCUCUGAUCCUUCGUCAGCCUUACCUGGACAGGACUAUGUUCCAAGUUCCAUUCAAAUAACUUUUGGAGUAGGCCAGACCUCAGCAGGUUGUCCAGUUUCCAUACUUGAUGAUCUAUCCAGUCCUCAAGUUGAGGGAAAUGAGACUUUUAUAGUCUUUCUAAGUACGCCUAUAGGAAGUUCAUUAGCUGAUCCAGCCAAAGCUUUUGUUAUCAUCAGUGACUCCUUAUCUGAUCUUCCUGUCAUACAGUUUAAAGUGGAGAAGCUUGUAAUCAAAGAAAGUAGUGGAAUUGUACAAGUCCCAGUUGUCAGGACUGGUGACUUGUCAAGCAAGUUGUCUGUGUUGUGUUACACUCUACAAAAAACAGCCUAUGUCAGAGAAGACUUUGAAGAACGUCCAAAAAGUGAUUUGUCAAAAAUAACUUUCUUUCCAGGUGAAAAGAGUAAAAACUGUGUAGUAUCAAUAGUUGAUGAUGCAAGGUUUGAAGACAGUGAGUAUUUCCUCCUGAAACUUGGCAAUCUAUGGACUGAUUCUGCUGGAGGAGCUAUUAUUGGAUCUGUAGACACAGUACGGGUCACCAUCACAAAUCAGGAAGAUGUGUCAACUCUCAACCUUGACCAGUCCACUUAUACAGUGCAAGAGCCAAGUAAACCAGAUCAGAUUGCUAAGGUUAUGUUGAAAAUUGUACGAAAAGGAGAUAACAAUCAGACUUGUAGAGUCCGGGUUAGUACUCGAGAUGGAUCUGCCACCUCAGGAGUUGAUUAUCAUGCAAAAAGUAAACUUUUGAUAUUUCCUCCAGGAGCAUAUGAGCAGAUUUUUGAAGUGGAGAUUCUUUAUAACAAAGAACGUGAAUGGCACAAAAUGUUCACAGUUGUACUGGGGCCAGAUGAACCUGUUAACGCUGAGAUAGGAGAAAUCUCUGUUGCAACUGUUACAAUAUCAGACCAUGAAGCAGCAGGAAGUGGUGUACUACCUGCUUCUCCUAUUGUUGUUUCAUUGCUUCACUAUGAUAAUGUUGAAGAAGGAACCAAGACUGAUCCUUCUCCAGGCUAUCCUCUUAUUUGUGUUACACCUUGUGACCCUCACUAUCCUGGUUAUGCUCUAACUGGACCAAUGUGUAAAGAUGCAGGAAUCAAUCAUUCUGCUAUUCAUUUCAAUUGGGAAGUGGCUUUACCCACAGACAUUGAUGGCUCUCGACCACCUUUUGAGACAGUUAGGGAUUCUACUCUUUUCACCUCAGCUCAUCACAUGGUGCUUGACAGCAUUUAUUUUAGUCGCCGUUUCCUGGUUCGAUGCUCAGCUCAACCGAAGGAUGCUAAUGGCCACUUGGGAGUACCCCUACGAAGUAACAUUGCUCAGAUUGGUAUAGAUAAUGGUAUCUGUCACACACCAAUAGCUGCAGGCCAGCCCUACCUAGGACUCCAGUCCCAGUCAUUUGUAGCUACACUGCGUUAUGUUAAUUCAUCACACAAAUACCAUCCCAAUCGCCUUCACAUUCAUGUGGAAAUUCCUCAUCAGGAUGGUAUGCUACCUCUAAUUUCAACUCUUCCUAUCCACAAUAUUCGAUUCUUGCUGACAGAACCUGUAUAUCGACAACAGCACAUCUGCUCCAAUCUUCUUAUACCAGUUUUACCUAGUAAUGAACCAGAAGGUUCAUUAAACUAUGGAUUUUUGGAGCCUUUGGCAUACAAGAACAAACAGCUUCAAGGCCCUGGAUUCAACCGACCAUACCAGUUUGAUCAAAAUUUACGAGCAGCUAAAAGCCUGUCUCUAUACCAGCACUUAGACCUGAAGAGUUGUGUGUGGACAUUUGAUGCUUGGUAUCACAUGACAGAACUGAUAGACCUGUGUGGAGGCUCUGUGACAUCAGAUUUUCAGAUGCGAGAUUCAGCACAGAGUUAUCUGACUGUGGAACUUCCACUUCAUGUGUCAUACAUUUAUGCUACAGCACCUACCGGUUGGGCCUCUAUAGAACAUCGUACAGAAAUGGAAUUUUCCUUCUUUUAUAAUACUGUCCUUUGGCGUACUGGUUUAGAAACAGAUGGCAUUUUAAGAGCCAGAUUGCAAAUUUUGCGUAUAUCAGUUGGAGCUGAUGGCCGGUUAAUCCUAGAAUUCAAAACUGAGGCUAAAUUUAGAGGCCAGUUUGUCAUGAAACAUCAUACAUUACCUGGUGUGGAAAGUGGUGUGUUACCACCAGAUACAUUGGUUAUUACUUUUGAUUUGGAGCUUAUUUGGACGGAAUCUACGUUUGAUGGCCCAUCACAACUGUGGAGGGCCACAAGCAACUAUAACUUAAAGGAUUAUACAGGACAAUACAUCAUCCAGUUGAUUCCUUGUACUGUAAAACCUACCCAGUCUUAUGCUUCAUCCCCAGAUAAACCACUUGUUUGCACUGCACAUCUACCAGAAAGGUUUGAAGUUCCUAUUGCUUUUCAACAGACUAACAGACCAGUUCCUGUCAUCUAUUCUUUGAACACUGUUUUUCAGCUUCUCAACAACCAAAAAAUGUUUUUAAUGCCACCAACAGAUGUCAAAACUAGUCUUCAGGAUAUUGAUUAUAAGGGAACCUUUUCAAAAGGACAGACUGUCUAUGGGAGAGUGUUGUGGAACCCAGAACAAGAUUUAGAGUCUGCUUACAAACUUCAGAUUGAAAGGCUUUAUAUGUGCACUGGCAGAGAUGGUUAUAUUCCAACAUAUGAUCCAACAGGAGAAGAUUACAAUGAGGGUUUACAAUUCGGCUGUAUUCAGCCUAACAAAAACUUGAAGCAUCGGUUCCUGAUCUUGGACCGAAACAAUCCAGAAGCUGUAGAUAAACACUUUCAUGACAUUCCAUUUAAAGCUAAAUUUGCCAGUGAUGAUCCUACAUUUGAAUCAUUGGCACAGCUUCCUGGUGUGGAUGGAUUCUUGUUGAAAGUGGAUGCCUUAUACAAGGUCAAUUCUGGUCAUCAGUGGUAUCUCCAAGUCAUGUAUACUAUUGGUCCAUCUGAUGGACAUCGGCGAGUUCAACGUUCUGCUACUCUAAGAUUUCCAAACACUUUAACAAACCUGCAAGCCCAACCUGGCAUACUCAAGAAGAAUGGAACAAACAUGAAAGCUCUUUACCUAAACAUGUCUAAUUUUGAAGUUCCAGCAGACUCUGAUGCAGAAGGUACUAAUUUUGUUGCUGUGUUUGUGCCAUUAGUUUUACUGCUGCUCUUAACCACAAUUGUUGUUAUUGUCAUUAGAAGAAGAAAAUUGCAAAACCAAGAAAAACAAUUCUAUGAAGAAGAAAAUAAGAACAAUAUUAGGAAAGCUAUGGAACAGAAACUAGCAGAUACACCUUUCCUGAAGACAAAAAUGAAUUGUUAUUCUGAUAAUUUGAACAGUAAAGCUAACAAUUCUGCUAAAGUGAGUUUUAAAGGUAUUAAUGUGACUGUGAGAAAUAACCUCCAACAGCCAUCAUCCUUAGGUGGCACCGAAGUAUAGGCAGUUGUUCUGUCUUUUCAAUUUUAGUUAUGAAAGAAAUAGAUUUUGUGUUUGAACCAAGUGUAAAAAUUGCUUUUAUAAUUAGAGUAUUAUUACAUCACCUCAUAGCCACAUGUGCCAUUAAGAAGCAUGAAGUCAUGAAAAACAGAUUCUUCAGUAUUUUGAAUAGGUUUGAAAGUUAGUAACUUAAACAAAGUCUUAUUUUGGUGUUUUUGUUCUCUUCUAGUGUAAUAGAGAUUACCAUUUAUUUUCUGUAUGAAUUAUUAAAACAUAAAUAUCACAUGUGAAAAUGCCAGACCCUCAAAGUCUAUAUUCUUCACUUCAUUUAAUCAGUAAUGAAUAAAUUCUUGUUAUAUAUUUACAGAUGUUUUUUUUAUUUUGAAUAUGGAACUAAUACACUUUGUGUAAAGGUAGGAAAAAUGAACUUUUAAUGAAAAGAAAUAAAAAAUGUGUGGUAAAAAUUUAUUAGCAUUAUGUUUUGUGAAUUUAAGGGUGACAACUUAAACCAUUAGUAUCAUCUUAGAAAUGAAUGUCAUCUUAAACCAAGAGUUUAUAUUUAGAUAUUUUUUAAAACCAGACCCUUGAACUUAAAUUUAAAUAUCAGCAUAAACCAUAAGUUUUUUAAACUUAAACCAUUAGCUUAUUAAUUAUUUGGCAACAAUAAAUUUCAUUGAGCAGCUACUGAUAACAUGAAAAUCAACACAGAAAUAUGAAAAAAGUAGUAUAUUGGAAUUUUCCAAAUAACACAUUGCUUAAUGUUUUCUUAUCAAAGAUUCCCACAAUACAAUUGAGUAUUGUAAACACUGUGCCAUUUAUUGACUAUUUCAAAUUGGUGCACUUGUAUGCCUGUGGAUUCUUAGUUAUGGACUAAUAAAACAUAAGCAAGUAAUUUUGGGUUUAUCCAUUAACUUUUUCAAUCCUUGUCACUAUGAAUAAAAUAAACAUGUUGUGCCAUAAUAAACACAAUAUUUAAAAUUAUGAAAAUUUUUUCAGGCAGUUUUUUUCUCAAUAUUCAACAGUUCACAGUCUAGUUUAGUUUGCUGAAGUUUGUUUUCUUUCUGAUUUAAUAUACUUUAAUUUGUAUUAAAAUAAAUGUGGAUGUCAUAUUAGUGUUCUGCAAAUUACUGCCAUGUUGAAUUAAUGUAUUGUUUCUCAAUAAUUUGUAAUAAAAGCAGAUAAUGGAUGUCA